CUCUCUUUCGAAAUUUCCAUUUUCUACAGAUUAUUACCAAACAAAACUUAAUUUAAUUUUCCACUCACUUUCAAAUUUCAAAAUUAUCUGUUUCUCUUCAUGGACUUUCCUUCCUAUCCAUCUCUCUUUCCACACGCCUUUUCUUCUCCUCGUCUCUCUCCUCCCCCUAUAUAUACCCUCCUCUCCCUCUCUUUCUCUUCGUGUCUUUCCACACAAACACGUUUUUCGAAAUUUCAAAAUUCACUUUUUGUUUUAAUUUCCAGUUCAUGAAAACAUGGUUGGUUUAGAUUGCAAAGCUAAGAUGGUUUCCUCUGAUCUCCCAAGCAAGUCACCCAGACUCUCUAACAAGCUUCAUGUCCAGAUCCCUUCUGCGACGACGUUUCGUGGUGUUACCAAUUUCUCGCCGGUUUCCGCUUCCGACUCUUCUUGUUCGGCUUACGAGCACUACCUUCGGUUACCUGAGUUGAGGAAAUUGUGGACUUGUAAGGAGUUUCCGGAUUGGAAGAACGAAUCCAUUUUUAAACCGGCUUUGCAGGCUCUUGAGAUCACGUUUCGGCUUAUUUCCACCGUUUUAUCGGACCCGAGACCGUACGCCAGUCGGAGAGAAUGGAAACGAAGGCUUGAGUCGCUUGCUACUUCACAGAUCGAGCUGAUUGCUAUUCUGUGUGAAGAUGAGGAGGAAGGUGGACACACACGUGGCACUGCACCGAUUGUUGAUUUGCGCUCAUCUAAUGGCAUUUUGGGUCGGGAUGGGAGUUGCGCCGAGGUGUGGAAGGUCUCACCUGAAACCACCGUGGUCAACCGGACCAGCGAGGCCAGCCUACUUCCUCUCCUUUCCACGUGGCAGAAAUCCGAGGACAUUGCUCGGAAAAUUUUCUACUCCAUCGAAUGCGAGAUGAGGCCAUGUCCGUACACUCUUGGUCUUGGAGAGCCGAACCUCGCCGGAAAACCUAACCUCGACUACGACGCCGUUUGCAAGCCAAGUGACGUACAUAGCCUCAAGAAGAAUCCGUACGAUCACAUAAACAACCACGAGAACCAAACGCUGUACACCACACACCAGAUUCUAGAGUCGUGGAUCCAAGCAGUUAAAGAGCUUGUUAAACGCGUAAUUGAAAGAAUUGGUAGCAAGAAAUUCGAUAUGGCGUCAAGCGAUUGCUAUUUGCUUGAGAGAAUUUGGAAGCUUCUAUCCGAAAUUGAAGAUUUGCAUCUGUUAAUGGAUCCAGACGAUUUCUUGAGGCUCAAAAACCAGUUGCUCAUGCGAUCGCUUGACGAAUCGGAGGCGUUCUGUUUCCGAUCCAGAGCAUUGGUGGAGAUAACGAAAUCUUGCAAGGACUUGAAGCAUAAGGUUCCGGAGAUUCUGGGCGUGGAGGUGGACCCCAAAGGUGGGCCAAGGAUCCAGGAGGCGGCGAUGAGAUUAUACAGCGAGAAGAAGGAUUUCGAGAAGAUUAGUUUACUUCAAGGGUUGCAGGCGAUGGAGGCGGCUUUGAAGAGGUUUUUCUAUGGGUAUAAACAGCUGCUGACGGUGGUCAUGGGGAGCGUAGAAGCUAGAGGAAAUCGCGUUUUGGUGAAUCCAGAGACAUGUGACUCGCUGAGUCAGCUGUUCCUGGAGCCAACUUAUUUCCCGAGUUUGGAUGCAGCCAAGACGUUUUUAGGCGAGUUUUGGAGUCAUGAAUUCAGUGGGUUGGAAAAAGGGAAUCGGAGACAGUAGCUGUGGUUUAUGGCUACACAUAGGAGGAUGAAGAGACUCGGUUGGUGAAUCGGUUUUGGCCUACUCAGUUGCUUGUUGUAGAAAUAGACAUAACACAAAUUUUCUUCUGUUCAUCAUUUGUAUCAAAGGUAUUGAUUAUUUGUAAAAAUUUUCUGUCUAUUUAUUUAUUGUAACAUUUUAAUGUCAUAUCCAUAGCAAUUUCCUCCA